AUGGAGCAGCAGCAGGAGACAGAAUAUGGCGCUAGAGGCAGCAGCAGCAGCAGCAGCAGCAAGCACAAGGCACAGCUGCAGCUGCAGCUGAAGCUGAACCCGGGGGGGGCAGCAGAGGAGAGGGAGGGUGUAGGGGCUCUAUCGAGCGGCAGCAGCCGUUGCAGGAGCAGCAGGAGCAGCAGCAACAACAGCAGCAACAACAGCAGCAACAACAGCGGCAGCAGCAGCAGCAGUGAAGGACUGCAGCAGCAGCAAGAGCUGUCUGCUGUUGCAGAGUUUCAUCUACAGCUGCUGGAUACAAAGCCAGAUAAGCAGCAGGAGACGAACCGGAUGGUGCGUGAGCUGUUGCUGCGGGAGCAGCAGCAACUGCUGCAGAUGGGGGGGUUCCUGCAGCAGCAGGAGGUGCAGCAGCAACUCGAUGAGCUGCAGCAGGUGCUGCAAGGGUGGGAUAAAGUUGAAGCUUAUGAUGCCCAGAUAGAAGAAACAGAGAGAAGACUAGAAAAGCUAGAAGCAGCGAUUGCUGCUACAAGGCAGCAACUCAGAAUGGGCUUCAUUGGGUGCUCCCCAGACUCCGAGUCUGCUGAGGCUGAGGCUGACGCCACUGCAGCAGCAGCAGCAGCAGCAGCAGAAGCAACAGAAGCAGCAGUACCUGGAGGAGAGAAAGAGCAACACCAACAAGAGCAGGAGCAGCAGCAGGAACAGCAGCAGCAGCUUGAUGCCCCGUUGCAGCAGAUGCUGCCGCCCGAUAUGGAGCUGCUGCUGUCGGGGGACACGCUGUGCUGCGGGUCCCCUGAGUUGCUGCUGCAGCAGCUAAGGAGGAUGAAGGGAGCAGCAGAUGCAGCAAACCUCAACAAAGUACCAAUCAACCUCAGAAAGAGGCUACAGAAAGCUGCUGCUGCUGCUGCUGCUGCUGCCGCUGCUGCUGCUGCAGACAACAGCAACGAAACUGCAGCAGCAGACAACGCGGAUAGUGCUGACGACAGGCAACCCGCAGCAGCAACAGCAGCAGCAGCCAACCGGGGGAGCGCAGUAAACGCAGCUGAUGCAGCAGGACUAGCAGCUGCAGCAACAGCAGCAGCAGCAGCAGCAAACGAAGCAGCAGGAGCAGCAACAACAGCAGCAGAUAGGGGAAUAUGGAUGUUUGUAGCCAAACGAAGGAGAAGACAGCGCCACACAGAGAACGGAAAGGGCUCAACUUCACGUGUACAUACACCACAACGUGCAGCAGCAGCAGCAGCAGGAACAGCAGCAGCUGCAGCAAACGAAGCAGCAGGAGCAACCAUACAGUCUACAUCUGCAGCACAAGCAGCAGCAGCAGCAGAAGCAACAGCAGCAGCAGCAGAACGCUGCUCCGCUGCAUACGCUUCGCUUGAGGCAUUCGCUGCAUCUGCUGCCCGCGACAGUGGGCCUGCCUUCACACACUCCGACGCGGCGUUAAAAGAGUUGCAGCGAAUCGACCAAAGGCUGGAGGAGCUGUCGCUACAGCUGAAUGCUGCAGCUAAGGCAAGAGAGGAGGCAGCAGCAGAAGCAGCAGCAGCAGCAGCAGAAGCAGCAGCAGCAGCAGAAGCAGCAGCAGAAAAAGCAGCAGCAGCAGCAGCAGCAGCAGCAGCAGCACCCGUUACGGUGGCAGCAGAAGCCGCAGCAGCAGUUGCAGCAGCAAUGGCACCAGCUGCAGCAGCAGCACAAGCCGCUGCCGCUGCCAGGGCAGCAGCAACAGCAGCAGCAGCAGCAGCACAGCAGCAGCUGGAAGCUUCAACAGGGACCCACGACACAGCAGCAGCAGCAGCAGCAGCAGCAGAUAAACAGGAGAAAGUUAGUUGUAUGUUAGAGGAGGAGACAAAACAGAGAGAAACAAAGAAAGAAAUACAGCAGCAAAUGCAUGCAGACAAUGCAGCAGCAAGGGGGCCCCACAGACGCAGCAGCGGACUCCGCAGCAGCAGCUACUGCAGCAGCAGCAGCAACCAUGUGCAGCAGCAACGCCGAAGAGCCCAAAGCCUCAAAGGCAAAAAACUCAGCACUGCUGCUGCUGCUGCUGCUGUUGCUGCUGCUGCUGCGGUUGCUAAUGCUUCCACAACAACCACGGAGAAGUCGACGGUCAGGCUGGAGGCAACGGGAGUCGGGUGCAGCGCGAAACAGCAGCAGCAGCACCAGCAGCAGCACCAGCAGCAGCAGCAGCAGCAGCAAGAUGAGCAACAACAGGUGGAGGAGCAGAAGCAAGCGCUGGCGCAGCCGCAGCAGCAGCAUCAUGAUCAGCAGCAAGAGCAGCGGGAGCCCGUGGGCAUACAACCAGCAGCAGCAGGAGCAGCAGCACCAGGUGCAGCAGCAGCAGCAGCAGGAAGUGCAGCAGGUCCACCAGCAGCAGCAGGCGCAGCAGCAGCAGGUGUACCAGCAGCAGCAGCAGCAGCAGCAGCAGCAGCAGCAGCAGCAGGUGGGGUGAAGGGCUUGAUAAGGGGUAUAAAGAAACCCCUCACCGGCCUCCGACUUGCUGCAGCAAUGGGCAGGCAACGGCAGCAGUCUUUUCAAGCAGAGCUGCAGGUGAAGCCUCUAUCCCGAUCCACGCAAACAACAAAACCAAACCGAGACGUCGCCCAAAGCCUCAAAGGCAAAAAACUCAGCACUGCUGCUGCUGCUGCUGCUGUUGCUGCUGCUGCUGCUGUUGCUGCUGCUUCCACAACAACCACGGAGAAGCCGACGGUCAGGCUGGAGGCAACGGGAGUCGGGUGCAGCGCGAAACAGCUGCAGCAGCAGCAGCAGCAGCAGCAGCAACAACAAGAGCAACAACAGGUGGAGGAGCAGAAGCAAGCGCUGGUGCAGCCGCAGCAGCAGCAUCAUGAUCAGCAGCAAGAACAGCGGGAGCCCGUGGGCAUACCACCAGCAGCAGCAGGAGCAGCAGCACCAGCUGCAGCAGCAGCAGCAGCAGGAAGUGCAGCAGGUCCACCAGCAGCAGCAGGCGCAGCAGCAGCUGUAGCAGCAGCAGCAGCAGCAGCAGCAGCAGGUGGGGUGAAGGGCUUGAUAAGGGGUAUAAAGAAACCCCUCACGGGCCUCCGCCUUGCUGCAGCAAUGGGCAGGCAACGGCAGCAGUCUUUUCAAGCAGAGCUGCAGGUGAAGCCUUUAUCCCGAUCCACGCAAACAACAAAACCAAACCGAGACGUCCAGCAGCAGCAGCAGCAGCAGCAGCAGCUGGAGCAGCAGCAGCAGCAGCAGCAGCAGGAGCAACUGGAGCAGCAACAGCAGCAGCAACAACAGCUGGAAACGGCGCAAGACGCGACGGAAGAAAACCCUCUACAGGAAACUCCACCGCAGCAGCAACAGCCAACGCAGCAGCAGCAACAGCAGCAGCAACAGCAGCAACAGCAGCAACAGCAGCAACUGGAGCAGCAACAGCAGCAGCAACAACAGCUGGAAACGGCGCAAGACGCGACGGAAGAAAACCCCCUACAGGAAACUCCACCGCAGCAGCAACAGCCAACGCAGCAGCAACAACAGCAGCAGCAACAGCAGCAACAGCAGCAACAGCAGCAGCAGCAGCAGCAGAAGAAGAGAGAGCUGCGUAAGGGUUAUCUUGGAGGCGUGAGAAUGAGCCGGGGGUCCGCGCUACUGCAGCAGCUCACACAAAACCCAGCAGCAGCAGCAGCAGCACAACGAAUGCAGCAGGUCAGGCAAGGGGCCCCAAAGAAAGCAUCUUCGAGCAGCAGCAGCAGCAACACUAGCAGUAGCAGCAGCAGCAACAGCAGCAGCAGCAGCAGCAGCAGCAACAGCAGCAGCAGCAGCAGCAGCAGCGGUCCACGGAUGGGGAGUGAUGUCCCCAAAUCCGGGGGUUGGAAUGCUGCGGAGACGUCCGCGAUAGAGAGAGAAGAAAAAUAA